ACAUGGAGGUCACAGCUCUCUGCAUCCGACUGUCAAUGAAUGUGUUGUUCCUGCUGUGUGCACUUGAUCAGAAAGUAGGUUCAGUGUUUCUUCGCGUCGUCGCAAACAGACUUCAGUUCUUUGAGUAUGAGAAUGUAACUGUCCAUUGUGAAGGACUCAAAGAGGAAGAACUGUUGUGUAGAACUUCUAGUAAACUGGAAUCAACAGGUUCUUCCUGCAUCGUUAACCAUGCUUUUCCAGAAGACAGUGGACAAUACUGGUGUGAGACUAGAGCGGUGAAGAGCAGCAACAGCGUCAACAUCACUGUCACUGAUGGCUCAGUGAUCCUGGAGAGUCCUGUCCAUCCUGUAGAGGAGGGAGACUCUGUUACUCUACGAUGCAGAAACAUGACGACCUCCUCUACCAUCACAGCUGAUUUCUAUAAAGACGGCCUCCUCAUCAGGAGCAGCUCUACAGGACACAUCACCAUCCCCAAUGUUUCUAAGUCUGAUGAAGGACUCUACAAGUGCAGAAUCUCUGAUGGAGGAGAGUCAGCAGAGAGCUGGCUGACUGUCAGAGGUAAAACAUCCUCCAGUUCUACCUCCUCCAGUCCUACCUCCUCCAGUUCUGUCCUAUGGAUCGUUGUCACUGUUUUGUUGGUGGUUCUUCUGUCGGCGGUCGGACUGCUUCACUUUGGCAAUGUUUUUUGCCACAGAGAUGAGGAUCAAUUUCUCUCCAGAGCACUUUACUACACCUUGGGCCCCGGUGACACUCAACACCUGGCAGAGCCCUCAGCAAGUAGGAACCCAUCUUCUAAAGAGAAUGCCUUAUAUCCUUAUUAUCCCGAAGAUCAACAAGUGACAGCUGACUGAAGGAGGAGCUUUAAAAGACGUGACAACAAUUAAUCACACAGUAAAUAAGCAAAGCCAUCUGAGUGACAUGAGGAAGUACAAUAGCCCAUGUGUUAUGUACUAAAAGCAAUUUCGGUACAAAAUGUAUGAGUAUAAUAAUAAUGGAAUAACAAAUUGAGCACAACAUGUGUACAUUGUGAAUAUUCAUAUUAAAUAAUGGUGUAUAUUGUGAGCUGGACUGACUUGGUUGUGAGAUCAUAUGAAGUUUUGAAGCACUUUAAAAUGGACUAAUGUCUUCAUGCAGCCUUCAUCUGAAUUCUUUGAUG